AUGGCUACCCCUAGUGUCCUCGCUUUUGACGCUGAGGGUCGAGCCAUUGACUUUGACGUCUGGGUAGACGACCUGCAGCUGGUUUUACAGUGUGAUAGAGCAGACGGUCUCUCACUCUUUGACCUCACCUCUGGCGCCUCUCCUGCCCCUGCUGCUGAUGCCGACGCCACUGUUCGCUCCCAGUGGGCCACACGCGACGCUGCUGCACGUCUUGCUGUACGUCGCCACCUCCGUACAUCCGAGCGUGCGCACUUUAGUCAGUACAAGAGUGCUCAGACCUUGUACGACGCUGUAGUUGCGCGCUACUCCUCCCGUGCCACUGCUGCACUGAGCCGUCUCAUGCUACAGGACCACUUCCUCUCAGUCUGUCCCACCACUCUCACUGUUGACCUCCUCGAGAAGUCCCUCCUAGCGGCCGAGAAGAGCAUAGUCGCUGUAGGGGCCUCUCGUGGUGACCCGCGCACCCCCAUCUUUGAGGGGUGUUCCCCCUCCCCCCUUCUGCCCUCUGUUGCCUCUGCUACUGCGGCCGACCUCCUUGGUCUUGAGUCGGUCGGUGCGGCGUCUGCCCCUAGCGGGAGACGCCGCUCUGGCAAGGGCAAGGGAGGCAGGGGCACUGGAGGGGCGAGCGGGGGCGGUGGAGGUGGAGGUGGAGGCGGCGGGGGGAGUGGGGGUGGCGGUGGGAGUGGUGGUGGGUGUGGAGGUGUCGGUGGCGGCAGUGGAGGCGGAGGCGGCGGCGGCGGUGGCGGUGGGAGCGGAGGUGGCGGAGGUGGCGGCGGUGGAGGAGGCGGCGGAGGCGGCGGUAGAAGCGGAGGCGGCGGAGGCGGCGGAGGCAGCGGGGGUGGCGGUGGAGCUGGUCGCGGGUCUACGCAGAGGAGUGGCUCCGGUGGUGGUCCGCGCCAGCAGCAGCAGCACGGUCGUGAGACCCUGUCCCCUCAGCAGCUCCGUGAGUGGUACACUGCACGCCAGCGGGGUGGGGGUUUUGGUCCGUGCACCUACGUCCUGCGCACCGGCGACCGUGCGGGUGAGCAAUGUGGGGGUGUGCACCCCACUCAGCGCUGCUUUGGCCGCCUGACGAACGCGUGGCGUCACCAGUUCCCGGAGGCCACAGAGAUCCCUCGCUGGGGCGAGAUGUCUAGGGCGGGUGUUGCCAUCUAUGAUCUUGAUUUUGAUGCUAUUCUUUCUGCCAUGUAUGCUGUAUCUAUUAGUGAUGAGGGUGGCUGUUACUGGUGUUUCCCGCCCGAUCCGGGCAUUGAGACUGCUGCUCUAGGUACUGGUGAGGCGGCUGCCCUAGGUGCUUGCGACGCUGCUGCUCUAGGUGCUAGUGCGUCUGCGUCCUCAGGUACUGGUGAGUCUGCGCUCUCAGGUACUACGUCGGCUUUGGCCUCCCUCACCUUCACCCUUGACUCUGGGGCUUCUCGCUCCUUCUUUCGGGACCGCACCACACUCACGCCGCUUAGUCGGCCGGUUGCGGUGUCUCUCGCUGACCCCUCUGGGGGUCCUGUCCUGACUCACUUCUCCACACUCCUCCCGUGUCCGGCGGCUCCCUCUGGCACCCUGUCUGGUCUCUACCUCCCCUCGUUCUCUACGAACUUGGUGAGUGGUGCUGACCUACAGGAUGGGGGAGUACACCAGUUCACUCCUGCGCGUCAGCGGGUGACGCACUGCACAGAGGCUAGCAUGGGCCGACACCUGGCUACGUUUACCCGUCAGCCGGGGUCAAGCCUGUACACACUGACCACUGCGUCUCCUCCAGUUGUUGAGUCUGGUAGGGUCGCUGCGUCGGGUCAGGUGUUUGCUGCAGCGUCCAGGUCUGGUCCUGAGUCUGCCCCCUGUUCGUGUCGUCUCCUGUCUCACGAGACUCUCCUCUGGCACCACCGCCUUGGUCACCCCUCUCUGCUUCAGCUCAGAGGCAUGGCCUCCCGUCUUCUUGUUUCUGGUCUCCCUCGGUCCCUCCCUCCCCUUCCUCAGGGCCCUCGCCCUGCCUGUGUCCCCUGUGUCGAGGGGCGCCAGCGGGCUGCCCCUCACUCCUCCUAG